GUGCAGCAGCAGCAGCAGCAGCAUUAGAAGCAGCAUGAUGCGAGUCGCCCUGCUAGUUUUGGCUCUCACGGCAGUCUGCAAUGGCAUCCUCCCUGAGAUAGUGGAUUUAGGCAUCAGUCACAUCCUGGAGGAUGAUUCCUCCCAGAGACAAACGGAGCUGGACCGCACGUUUGUGAAAGUGGAGCAACUGCCAGAGGAUCCGCAGAAAAAGCCCGAGGAUGCGUUUCACCAAAGGAACAACGAGAGUGUAAAUCUCAGCCCUCACCCCAAUAACCUUCCUGCAAGUCAUCAUCACAAUGAAACUGCUUCUGAUAAAGUGAUUGAUAACGAAUCUGUCCACCCAUCAGCAGAACAGGAGACAAACAACAUUACCAGAGCCGUCCAGUCCAGUGACCUGGAGAACAAUAUUGAUUAUGGAUGCAUUGCUGAUGAGGACUGUGGGAAGGGCAGGUAUUGCCUUUAUGACAAGCGCAACUCCAAGUGUCUGCCUUGCAAAGAAAUCGAUAUGUCCUGCACUAAGGAUAAGGAGUGCUGUGGUGAGCAGCUGUGUGUAUGGGGACAGUGCAGUCUAAAUGCAGCCAAAGGAGAGGCUGGCAGCACUUGUCAAUACCAGACUGACUGCAGCCCAGACCUCUGCUGUCUUCUCCACAAAGCCCUGCUCUUCCCUGUCUGCUCGGCCAAGCCCAUUGAGCGCGAGCGCUGUUUUGGUGCCUCCAACCACCUGUUGGAGCUGUUGUCCUGGGACAUUCAGGACAAGGGACCCAGGAAACAUUGCCCCUGUGCAGGAGAUCUCCACUGCCAGCACCUGGGACGAGGGUCCAUGUGCCUUAAAGGAGAGGACUCGAGUGAAGAGGACCAGACAGACAGUCUAUACUCCGAGAUAGACUAUAUCAUCUAGACACAGCGUGAUUGGAUUCACAUUACCUUGUAAACAACUAGAGAGGGGUCUCUAUUGACUCCAGAGCUUCGUCACAAAGAACAAUAGCACUUUCUGUUUGUGAAUAUAUGUUGACUACUCACCUCACUGUUGUCGCUGCAUCACCUACAUCUUCAGCUGAUGCUAGGGUGAGUAGCAGCACUGCAUCAUCUUAAUAAAGUGAGGCCAAAAUAGAACAAAGUCACCACCCAGUUUGCAGUCCCACUGCAUUUACUAUGCACCAGGUAGAAAAAUAACCCAGAUACAAUCAGGUUUAAUGCACUGCACGAUCAAUAAAACGCGUAUCGCAGAAGCAGACAAUAAUGAAUGAUGUUUAGGCUUCCAAGACUCCCCUCGACAUUACACACAUAUUCAUCUACAGGAAACACUACCAUGAGAGGUCAGCAGACUUUGUCAGUCAUAUUGUCAUCUAUUUGCAUCCUUAUACAUGUCUGAUAAAAUCUCAGUUUGUUUAAGAGUAAAUCUAAUUCUAGCUGCUUUAAUAUCCUAGUUGUUCGUAAAGCCUUUUCUUCUUCACUUUUCCUUGUUAUUCCUGAGAAAAUGUUUUGGCAAACCUUGUUGAUUGAUCCUAGCAAUAUCUGCUCUGCUCGAAGUACUGUAAUGUUUUUGCCAAGAUCUAGGCCUCAACAUGUUUAUGGCACAGAGAUGACAUGUUUAUCACAUGCACCACAAGAGGAAACACUGUCCAAUAUGCUAUGUUGUGAUUUAUUCUAUCUAUAUUGUUUUUAUGUACGGUAUAUAUAUAUAUUUAUUGUGCUUUUUCUUUCAUACAUUACAUAUAUUACUUAUUUCAAAUGUCCACUUUUUGCCUUUCAAGCAGUAUCUCUCAACAGCAUAUCAGAAAAUAUUAGAUGUACGACCAAAACAGUAGCUUAUUCGACUAAUCUAAUUAAUCUUGAAUUCUUCUAUAGUUUAUACAUGUACAUCAUUAUAAAACUUGGACCGUGUAUGAAAAUUGAACAAAUAUCAAAAUAAAAAAUAAAUGGUUUAACUAACCUUUAUUUUUGUAUACCUAAUUAAAUAUCACUAGCAUGUCACUCGAUUUCUGUUUGGAGCGAUAAUCAUCUGAUGCAAGUUUUCAUUUGUCAAAGAGUUUUUACACCUGCAUUACAUCCAGGCACCAUGUGAAUGCAAGCAAUACCUGAUGUAUGUGUGAAUAUAGCUUUUGUACUAGCAACUUGUGCUAGAUGUUAAUUUACAUGCAGCUACAACUGUCAGAUAUAACCUCUGCACUGUUCUUUAGCACUUGUAACCUGACAUGCAGCUUGUACAACUCUUGCCCUAAA